AUGGUGCUUCGCUUGCUUCACUUCGCAAUUUUGGGUCUAUGCCUUGCAGAUGAAGAGGCAAGCCCUGGAUGCCAGCUCCUACAAAUGGGAGUUGAGCGUAGAAAGGGAGGAAACAAUGGGGGACAAGACCGGCACAUUGAUCCAAAGGAGACAGGCAUUUGUGUGAGCCAAUUGCCCAUUCAGGACUUGUCCCGUCCAAUUCGGCAAGUUGCAGAGACCUAUGGCGGUGAUGGCUGGUGCGUUUUUGGCUCCGUGGCCCCGUGGCUCAGCAAUUGCGCCGUCAGCCGCCUGACACAAAAUACCAGCACUUUUGUAGCUGAGUAUGACUUUCUUAAUGAACCACAAGCAACACCAUAUACCCUGAAGUUGUUCGAUGAUCGGUCGCUCACAAUCCGCGAUCACUUUUAUCCCUUGGAUGAUUUGUACUGCUUCGUGAAUGGCUGGUACUCCUUGGACCGGGCAGCAACUGUGCAGAAUUUCACCUAUUUGGAAGAAGUCUCGGAAGAGUCAUGCAAGCACUUGGCGGAGAUUGUUCCUGGGUAUCACAACCUCUCCAUGCAAGACAUGUUCACAGAGGCAACGUCCGAUCAGACGUUUCUUUGGAAUCUGGAACAACUGGGCGGUGGUUUGGUCACCGAAGAGGUGGUAAAUGGGAUGUACCUGCAUGCUGCGGCGAAGUGCCUGCUGGGAGGAGGCCACGGAGCUCUCUGCGACAUUGCCAACUGUGCGAGCCGCGGGUGCCUGGCCGAAGGGAAGAGCGAGCUUCUCUACACAGCGCGUGGCGAAUGUUCCAGGCUUACCCCAAGAAGCGGAGUUGACUACAGACUUGGGCAGUGA